CGGGCACGAUGGUCCUCCGCCUUCCCAGGGUUCCCGGAAGGGAAGGUGAAGGAGAAGGACGCUCGGUGCGAUGGCUGCUUACUUGACGCACCAGCAGAAAGUGCUUCGACUUUACAAAAGGGCGCUGCGGCAUUUAGAGUCCUGGUGCAUUUUCAGAGACAAAUACCGUUUUUAUGCCUGCAUGCUGCGAGCAAGAUUUGAUGAACAUCAAGAUGAAACAGACAUGGUCAAGGCCACUAAGUUGCUGAAGGCUGGUGAGGAAGAAUUCUGGUCCAAGCAGCAUCCUCAACCUUACAUCUUCCCUGAUUCUCCAGGAGGCACAUCCUAUGAAAGAUAUGAAUGCUACAAGGUACCUGAAUUCUAUUUAGAUUACUGGCAUCCAUCUGAGAAGGCGAUGUACCCAGAUUACUUUGCCAAACGAGAACAAUGGAAGCAGCUUCGCCUUCUGAGUUGGGAUAAAGAGAUGAAGCAACUGCAGGAGGAAGUGACUGAAAAUCCUAAGAGUGAGACUCUGCCUCCAGCCCGUAAAGAAGGAGAGUUUCCUCCAUUGUGGUGGAACAUCGUCACAAGACCCCGUGAGCGCCCAAUCUAAAGCUGAAGUGGAUAGUUAAUGUCAGUGUUGUCAAGAACAGAGCAUGAAACUGUUGACAUCAGUUUCAAAAUAAACUCGAUGAAGUCUAAUAAAUAUCUGAAAUUAA